UUUUAAUUGACAAAAUAUGAUUUGAAAGAACCAAAAUUGAUAACGGCAAGAAGAAGCUUUUUUAUUCUUCGGAGCGGAAGGAAGAAGUAAAAAACAACACCGUGUUUGGCUGCAACCAUGUAUCAUCCAACUAGAGGUGGCGUUCGUGGCGGUCGAGAUCAAUUCACUUGGGACGAUGUAAAAGCUGAUAAACACAGGGAAAAUUAUCUCGGUCAUAGUAUCAAGGCCCCUGUUGGUAGAUGGCAGAAAGGGAAAGACCUUUAUUGGUAUACCAGGGAUAAGAAGUCCCAAAGUGAAGAAAUGGAGGCUGCAAAAGAAGAGAUAAAAAGAAUUAAGGAAGAGGAGGAGCAAGCAAUGAGGGAAGCUCUCGGCUUAGCUCCUAAGCGUGCUAAUCGUCCUCAAGGUAACCGUCUUGAUAAACAUGAGUUUUCAGAACUAGUAAGGAGAGGCUCCACAGCAGAGGACUUAGGUGAAGGUCAUGCUGAAGCAGCAAGGGUUCAAGGUGUUGGUUUUGCAAGAGAACUCCGUCCUUGGGAAGAACCCGGUUCCUCAAAACUCCCACCUCCACCAACUGAGAAGGAGAAUGUAUCUAUUCCUAAUCAUUCACCAAGAAAGACUGAAGACGAUUCUGAUGAUGAAAGUAGAAGAAAGAGAAGACGGGAAGAGAGAAAGGAAGAGAAACGUGAAAAACGCGAGAAGCAGCAUUCUCGCGAGGACAGAAAGCAAGAGAAACGUGAGAAACGACAUUCUCGCGAUUCAGAUGACAGGAAGAGACACAAGAAAGAUAAGGAGAGGAGAAGACAUGAUUCGGAUUAAAUACUCACUUCUGUCGGGUUUUCUCAUUAUCCAACGUGAAAUGAAAUUAAUAUUUUUAAUCUAGUUUCAAAACUUUUUUGGGUAUAAACGACAUUCCAGAAGCCUGCAUUAUCACUUAUCUGGAAAUUGGUAUUACCAUUCUAGCAUUAUUAUGUGGUGUUUCAAAUUGGGAAUUGAUAUUGAAAUGAUGCUAAGCUCAUCAAUUUAAGGCUUUGAAAUUGGAGCAUCUUGCUGUGUAAAAAAGAAUUGAACUGUAGUAUGUUCGUGUAGUAUCAUACUUAAUCGACUUAAAUAGAAUCAACUUCUUAUGAACA